AUGACUUCCAGCUCUGAUGAUGUCUGUCACAUGAUGGACGAAAUGAUACUCUACACUGUCAUGGUUCGAGUCCUCCCGGGGAUGUUAAUAUGUCCCCCAGACACAGCCGUCUCGCUGGACACCGUAACCGAGCCAAUUCUGAUCAGUCUUUAUGACGAGGUUCUGCUCUCCACCGUCGUUGAGGGUCGGCACGACCUCGGAGCUGCGCAGGAUCCACAGCCUUUGCUACAAAAGAUUGAGAGGCUAUGGCUUGGAGGCGUAGAGAUUCCCUUCGCGACUGUCUACUCCAACUCCAAGGUGAGUCCAUUUCGGUUUAUGGUCACUUAA